AUGUCUUUCAUUUCAAGUGAAGUAGAAAAUCAUCCCUCAUUUAAGAUUGAAAAAAUGCCGGUGCCUUUAGAGGUAGAAAUACCCGAUACUAAGAGCUAUUUAUUGCACGAAGUUUGUAGAAAUUGUAAGCUUAUGAUUGAAGAUGAAGAAUUUGAUAUUGAUCUCGUACCAAUGAUUUUGGGGGAAUUUAAGGUGAUAGUGGGUAUGGAUUGGAUGGCCCGACACCAUGCGGAGAUUAAGUGUAAAAGUAAGACCGUGCUUAUCCAAUCUCCGAGUGGAAAACAACUAGAAAUUCAAGGGGAAAGAAACGUAGAAGCGAAAUUAUGUACCAUUGUUCAAGCCGUUAAGUAUGUACUUAACGGGAGCAGAGCAUACCUAGCUUAUGUACUAGACACUAAUCAAAGUCUUGCUACGUUCGAAGAUGUCGCGAUCGUGAACGAAUUCCCAGACAUAUUUCCAGAGGAAUUACCGAGGCUCCCUCCCGAACGUGAAAUAGAGUUCCGAAUUGAGCUGAAUCUGGGUGCGAAACCGGUAGCUAAAGCUCCAUACAGCGAGGCCGAACAUGCGAGACACCUACGAGAAGUACUUGAAACACUCCGUAAGGAGAAACUCUAUGCAAAGUUCUCAAAGUGUGCCUUUUGGCUCAGAGAGGUGCAGUUUCUCGCCCACGUAAUAAACUCGAAAGGUGUCUUGGUUGAUCCAUCGAAGAUUGAGGCGGUAAUGAAGUUGGUUUCCCCAAAAACUCCAACUAAAGUAAGGAGCUUUCUAGGCCUUGCUGGCUAUUAUAUAAGCUAUCAUAGUGGUAUUCAAAUGGCUCCCUAUGAACUAUUAUACGAAAGGAAAUGUAGGACUCCCGUAUAUUGGGGUGAAGUUGGACAAAGAGAACUUGCGCCUAAUGAUCUGAUAGUGUUGACUAACGAAAAGAUCGAUCUUAUUAAAGCUCGACUGAAGGCCGCUCAAGAUAGGCAAAAGGCUUAUGCGGACAAGAGAAGACGUCCUAUUGAGUUUCAAGUUGGAGAAUAUGUUCUACUGAAGGUUGCAUACCGUUUAGAGUUGCCGUCUACACUAGACGGGAUUCACAAUACCUUCCACGUGUCGCAAUUAAGGAAGUGCCUUGCAGAUAAAACGGCGUUUGUGCCUCUUGACGACAUUGAAUUGGAUGAGGGGUUAAGUUAUGUCGAAAGACCGAUAGCCAUUAAAGAUGUUAAAGUAAAGAAUCUUCGAAAUAAGGCCGUUAGACAAGUCUUAGUGCAAUGGCAACACCGGAAGGGAUCGGAACUUACAUGGGAAGCGGAAGAUGAAAUGCGAAAGCACUACCCUUUUCUCUUCGGACAUUAG